CGAGAUUUGCGUGCGGCCUGUCGACGAACGAUCCAGUCGCUAAGUGACAACAUCGCGAACCAAUGUAAACAAUCGACGACUUCUCGCUAGGUUACGGCUCGCGCAGCUUUCAAAGUUUAUUAGUUAUUAUGGCUGAGAUCUUGCCUACCCCACUGCCGCGUGUAAUCCUGUUAAUCGGGAGUUGCGCUCGAGUCUGGCACUUACAUGGUCAAUCUCUUCGUUCGCUUACAGUCAUUACUUCUCUCGGAUCAUUCCAAUCUAGGCAGCAAAAUGAAUGGACGCGUCGAUUCCGAUGAGUAUGAGAGCAUUAGCAGCAGCGGCACCGCCAAGAUCUUAGUGAGCAAUUUGCCGCCCCAGGUCCGAUUGGAGGAUCUCGAUCAGCUCUUCUCCAACUACGGCCAGAUACAGCACAGCGAGAAAGUGCCGACGCGAGACUCCAAUACGCAGACCGUUUUCGUCAUCUAUGAGACGCAAGACCAGGCACAACAAGCUUUGAGCCAGUUGAAUGGAUACAAUUACGAGGGCCACACGUUGAAAGUGGAGAUGUCAUCGGCGGAGAGCCGGCGAAGAGGCCGCAGCCAACGCAGCGGCGGCGUCGCCUUCUCCGGUUUGCCGGGUUCCGGACGACAGACCGAUUUUCCGCUACGCAUCCUCGUCCAGUCGGAUAUGGUUGGUGCGAUAAUUGGUCGUCAGGGCUCUACUAUACGACAGAUCACUCAAGUGUCGCGUGCCCGUGUCGACGUGCAUCGCAAGGACAACGUCGGCUCGUUGGAGAAGGCCAUUACCAUUUACGGCAACCCAGACAACUGUACCAACGCUUGCAAGAAGAUCUUGGAGGUGAUGCAGCAAGAAGCGAACAACACGAACAAAGGGUACGACGAAGGAUCGAAUUCUGACGAUCACGGAGCCGUGAAUUCCUAUGAGAUUACCCUCAAGAUCUUAGCGCACAACAAUCUCAUCGGGCGAAUUAUCGGCAAGGGUGGAAACACAAUCAAGAGAAUCAUGCAGGACACUGACACGAAGAUCACUGUCAGCAGCAUCAACGACAUUAACAGCUUCAAUCUGGAGCGUAUAAUCACUGUUAAGGGCACAAUCGAGAACAUGAGCAAGGCCGAGUCCAUGAUCUCCAGCAAACUGCGCCAAAGUUACGAGAACGACCUGCAAGCCAUGGCCCCCCAAAGUAUGAUGUUCCCCGGCUUGCAUCCUAUGGCUAUGAUGUCGACCGCCGGUAUGGGCUACAGUUCCCGUGGGCCCGGUCUUUACGGUUCUGGGCCAGCGCCGUACCCUUAUCAAAGCAGUCUGCAGACUCAGCAGGGAGUUCCUGCCAGUGACACUCAGGAGACAACUUUCCUUUACAUUCCUAACAACAGUGUCGGCGCCAUUAUCGGCACGAAGGGCUCGCACAUACGCAACAUCAUUAGGUUCUCCGGCGCUAGCGUGAAGAUCGCACCCCUCGAGCAAGACAAGCCGGCCGAGCAGCAGACCGAGAGAAAGGUCACUAUCGUGGGAUCGCCAGAGUCUCAGUGGAAGGCUCAGUACUUGAUCUUUGAGAAGAUGCGCGAAGAAGGGUAUGUUUCUGGUACGGAGGACGUAAGAUUGACCAUUGAAAUUCUCGUGCCCAGCGCCCAAGUUGGCAGAAUCAUUGGUAAAGGCGGACAGAAUGUUCGGGAAUUACAGCGUGUGACUGGGAGCGUCAUUAAACUGUCGGAGCAACAGGCCACUCCUCCCUCAGCUGACGAGGAGACCACCGUCCAUAUCAUCGGCCCGUUUUUCAGCGUUCAGUCGGCACAGAGAAGAAUCCGAGCAAUGGUCCUGCAGUCGGGUGCUCCCGGCGGAAGCGGCGCCGCUGGCUCGCGUGCUGGUCGUGGCAGUAGCCAAGAAGGUGCUUCCCGUUCACGACGAGACGGCAGUGCCACCUCUCAGGGCGGCACGCCCUCGCAGUCGCAGGCCAGCACUCAGCAGCCACAAGCGAGCGGCUCUCCAUCUAGCCAGGAACAGCAGCCGCAGCAACAGCAACAGCAGCAGCCGCAGCCGCAGCCGCAGCCACAGCCGCAGCAAUCACCGUCGCAGCAACAACCGUCGCAGCAACAGCCGUCGCAGCAACAGCCGCAGCAACAGUCGCCGGCACAGCCGCCGGCGCAGACGCCUCAGUAACGUUGAUGACCGACGCCGACCGACGCCAACCGACGCCACACACGCCUGUCCGUUUUAUUCGCCGGAGUGGCCUCGUCGUCGCCUUGACAUUCUCUCUCGUCGAGAGGCUGAGCUUAUCGCACACCACCACCACCUCCUCUUCUCGCGGGGUGCGCUCUAUUCCCCCGACCUUGCUCCUAAUCAGGGGAGGGUUCGAACGAGAGAGAGAGAGAGAGAGAGAGAGAGAGAGAGAGAGUGCGCGGAGCGCAGAUCGCGAUGGGAAGACGCGCGCGCACGACAACGUUCUGUGAAUUAACUCCUCGCGCUCGAUGUUCGAGUAAUAAAGGAAUGAAAAAGAGAACGAAGGAGAGGUUUUACACCGCGCGCAGAGUGAAUUGACGAGGUUCUUCGAUCUUAGCUGUGCGAAUUUAUUCCGAGAGUUUCGGCCCGCCCGCGGUCAGCGGCCUUCCUAUGUGAGCCUUCCUACCGGUGAUCGUCAAUUCUUAGGAACGACUCGAGGCUUCUGAAUAACGAAUCAUGAAUCGACCAAAUGGAACUCUUAGGAGUUAAUUCGUACAGCUAUGACAGAGAGAGAGAGAGAGAGAGAGAGAGAGAGAGAGAGAGAGAGAGAGAGAGAGAGAGAGAGAGAGAGAGAGAGAGAGAGAGAGAGAGAGAAAGAGACAGACGGAUAGAUAGAAACGAUCUAGCGCCGAGAGUUUAUUCGCAGAACUCGAACGAGGUCUUUGAUUCUGAAGAGAGAAUUCAAGGGCUUGAUUAGAAGAGUUAAUUUAAAGAGUCCAACGGUGCGCCGGGCCCUCUGUUUGGCUUGACUCGCUGCGCGUCCGCCGCGAUCGACCCUGUUUACCAACUCGCGCGCGUGCGCAUUAUCAGCGACGUUAUCCGCCACGUGGUAAAUGCACUCCGAAUUCGCUAAUCGGAAUGCGAGAUCUGUGGUCGAUUCAUCGUGAUUACGGUCGAUCGUGCGGUCGUUAGGUUAAUGUUAGGUCGCGAAGUCGGACUCGCGACUCUCACGGGGAGAAAGAGAAGGAUAAGAGAAACACGAAAUGAAUAGAAAGACAGACAAACCGAUUAUAGGGAGGAAGUUGUUGUUUCGCCAUGGUGCCAAACGGAGGUACGCCCGGUGAAAAUUAUCUGUCCUAUUCAGACAGAUAAAAAAAGCAAAAAGAAAAAAGAAGAAAAACACAAAACAGCGCUUUGAAUACUCGAUUGUUCUCGUCGGCGAGGACCAGCGUCGUUUGCCUCUUCGCUCUGCGCACUGCGUCUCCAAGCCCUCCCCCUGCCCCCCUUCACACAUACACACAAACCCCGCGCAGGCGACUCGCGCGUUCGCGUUCCGCACCCCGCGACAGCGACGAAGCGACAGGCGCGCGACCUGAUUUCACAGCGCUAACGAAACCGCCGCCGCCGAUGAAAUAGGAUAAGACGACGAGAACAAACUGAUAAAGAAAGAGGAUAAAAUGGAUGAAAUCACACAUACACACAACCUUAUUACCUCAUUGCAUUACGGUUAAAGAUUUAAUAACGAUAGAAGAAAUGAAACGCGCGAUAAACCGAUUAAUCUAAAAAAAAAAAAAGAAGUCUAUAUAAUAUUAAAGUUAUUAAUAAUAUACACAAAGAAGUUUAGUAACAAUUACGUUACGUAAUAUGGUUAUAUUACGUUAUACUUGUUACUACUGCAACUACUACUACCAUUAAUACUAUUAUUAUUAUCUACUAUUACUCUAUUAUCGCUAUAUACUAUUUACUUACUUAUUAUAUAGUACACCACAGGAGGAAAGCGGUUUUUCUUAACAAAAAAAAGCAACAAAAAAACACAAGCUAGGUGCAGUUUUUUAUACCGGAUUUCAGAGAGACACUGGACGAUUAAUACGAAUAAAUUGAAAUAAUAUUUCGAGACCGUGAAAACCGCGCGGAAACGGCGCGUCCGUUUCUCGGUCGUUAGACCAGAGUAAAGUCAAGAUGCUUCGAGAGAAGAGGAGAAGACAAGUGGAGCCUCCCGGCGCACCCGCCCCCCCCCCCGCCCGCCAACCCGCCCCUCCUCGCACCACGUAAUACCAAAGAAGAAGCGACUAUGAGUUUUUUCGUAUUAGUGAAGUGAGAUGCGUCGUGCACGCUCGAUUCGCCUCAAGUUCCUCAUCAAGAGCCACGAGAGUGAGAGAGAGAGAGAGAGAGAGAGAGAGAGAGAGGGAGAGGGGUCAGACCCGUAAAUUCGGGAGGGGAGAGAUCGACGAACGGUCAUCGGGAUGUCGAGGACAGCACCGACGAGACAUCAAGUCGCUUGGCACAUGAGUGAUGACGGCGAAGAUCAGGAGAAGAGAAGAAAGAAAUCGGAAGAGGAGAAAGAGAGAGAGAGAGAGAGAGAGAGAGCGAGAGAGUGUCCGCGAGAGCGUUGUAUCGGAUCGAUAAAUGCGACCGAUACCGGACACUGUAUCCUUUUUUAUGCUAAGUCUCUGAGAAACGUUGCUGAUGAAACCGUUUCGAAGACGCGGCAAGAGAGAACGACUGUCGGUCGUGUCGAAGAAUAGCGAGCGAGAGAAUGAGAGAGAAUGGGAGAAAGCGCGAACGAAGGAAAAGGUAUGCGAGAGAAAAAAAAAAGAGACAAACCGGGGUUAACGAGUCGAUUGAGAAAAUUUUUACUUUAUCAGGAAUGUAAUAGUGUGUGAGUGUGCGUGUGUUGAUUAAUAACUAUUAAUUAAUAAGUAAUUGAUUGCUAAUUAGGAAUUAAACAAGACAAGAUGAAAGACGGACAAAUUUAGGCUUAGCGACGAUCGAAUUUUCAUGGGGGAUAGGGCGAAGGGGAAGAAGGGAGCUUAGAAAGGAGAGAGCGAGAAAACGUCGACACGUAACGUCACUCGCGCUGCCGCUCACUCUCGACGCUCAUCUCGCGGGUACCUCGUCUCUGACGAAGUUCGGUAUUCCCGUCGAAAUUCGGUAGAAUGCCUCGCGCGAGAACAUGUACCGAUGGGUCUGCGAGUUCUGUAUUCUUUGCGAAUCAAUCGAUCAUUCUGUCGAAGAAACGGCGUGCACGGUCGGACCGAUUCGUCCGGUCGUGAGAAAAAGGGAGAGAGACAGAGAGAGAGAGAGAGAGUGAGAGAGAGAGAGAGAGAGAGAGAGAGAGAGAGAGAGAGAGAGAGAAGAGCGCGAGCGAUUUCGAUCACGCGUCUCGAGUAUCGAGCGCGAGGUAUACGAAAAAAAAGGUGGAGAUAUCAGAUUUCAAGUAAAAAGUAAACCGCCCUCCCCCGCAGUGGAGUUGUUAAGUGUGACCAACAAAAUUUAACAAACACCUGUCGGAUUAACACAGACGGUCUUGCGUCGUCAGGCUCGAUAGAUCGAUUUGUCGCAAUUGUUGAACGAGAAGACGCGUCGCGAUCAAUGGAGACGAAUCUCCCAUGAUUUCCGUUCGACAGAGAUGCAAGUGCUCGAGUUUCGGAUUCGAUCGUCUUGAAACUUUUUUGAGACCAGCUUCUCCACUUCGAUCACCAACGCAUUUGCCAUUCGAGAUCGGAACCUAUCAAGUUUGCCGACACAAAACCGAGACCGCUCCAUCGGUACGUAGGGGUUUGAGCAUACCGCGAUGCUCCUACGCCUGGGGACACGACGGGUCCACUCUCGGGCCCGCCGGCUAACACGGCAUUCAACGUGUGUUUAGUACAAAAAGAAACGCAGAUAAGGGCAAAACGACUAUUAAGAGGAACAGGAAGUAAAAGAAAAAAAAAGGUAUAAUAUUGUCUUUAAUUAUUUUUCUUUUUUUUUUUUAUUUCUUUCGGGGAAGGCUGAGAACGCGGAGUUUCUGGAACGUAUCUCGCGGUUGUGCGUACAAUUGAUAAGAUCCAGACUCUCUUCGCAGCGGGAAGCGGAGAUCGCGGCCGUACGUAACCGACUCGUCGUAGUCGCGGUGGUUAAUUGCGAACACGUUCAAUGAACGACUGCUCGCGUCAACGUCGGUCGAAUCUUGAAUCUCGUCACCGAUCUCAGACCUGCGACUGUGAGAACGAGACUCGCAGGAUCCGGGGCCGUGUGCACGAGAGACCUGAAACGACGAUGAUGAGACGGAUAUCGGCUUGAAUGACACGUAUUUACUCGCCGUACUCACGACGGGGCUUUACACGUGGGGCUUUUCCCUUCCCCCGCUAUGUCGCGCGAGGACGAGAUGUCGGGAAGAAACGUGUGCAAACCAAGCACAUUGAGUAGAGUACGACAAAGAUUCGAAGGAGACGGAUGAUGCAAGACGAAAAGAAAAAAUGAGUCUUUGUAACGAGAAGAAGAAAAUGAGUCUAGAUUUAUUUUUGAUAGAUUGUUAGGAAAACUCCGACCGAAUUUUUCUUUUCCAAUGUCUUUUUGUUAGAUGUUUUUUAAUAACUUAAUGAAUUUUAACAAUAUUAAGAGCGUGAGAAGAGAAAUUGAGAGGAAAAGUGUGAGAGAGGUAGGCGAGAAACAUUUCUUCUUAAUGUAACAUAAAAGAAGAGAGAAGAGGAGGAGGAGAAGGAGGAAGAGGAGGAGGAGGAGGAGGAGGAGGAGGAGGUGGUGAGGCGCGGAGGCAAAGUGGAGUGUUUUUCGCAGGAGAAAAGAUAAGUUAACGUUAUAGAAAGUAAAGGAAAGGUAAAGAGAAGGGCAGGAGAGAGAGAGAGAGAGAGAGAGAGAGAGAGAGAGAGAGAGACGGAAGAAAAUGGAGAAAGGAUUAGAGAUUAAUCGAGGGACUAAUCAGGGCGCGACGCGCAGCUUUUUUCGCUGCGCUCACUCGCUUUUUGGGAUCGUGACGAAAAGGAGAUUUUUUAGCGGGGUUAAAUUUGUAUAAUAUAUUUAGUAAUAUAUUUUUUUCGAAGAUACGACGGUCGCGGCUCCGCUCGGCGAGGUCGUCGACGUCGCCUGGUACGGGAACCUCGUAGUUUUAUGCGAGGAACCCCACACCUAUCGUGUGUUACCUUUUACCUCGCCCGCGGUCUCGCGCCCGACACGCGAUUAUUUAUGAAGCGUAAAUAUUUAAACGACGAGGGAGAUAAGAAGUGAUAGUGAGAGAGAAAGAGAUUUGUAUUAAAGCUUGCAAAGAAAAAAAAUGAUAAAAUGAGAAAUUGCGGAACGGAAGGAAGUGCCAAGAGAAACGCACGUUCGCACAGUACAUGAAUAUGAAGUAAUAUGAGAAACCGACAUAAAAUAGCACAAUGUAACAAUAGAUUGCAGAACAAACAGCAAAAUGGAAACAGGAAAGAGAGAGAGAGAGAGAGAGAGAGAGAGAGAGAGAGAGAAAGAGAGAGAGAGAGGGGGGGAAAGUAAAAAAGAGUCAAAAAAGGAAAAAUGAAAAGGAAAAAUCGGGGAAACUCUCGUUUAUUCUCGUAGUCGAAAGAAUAAUUUACGCUACUUCUCAACAUCGCUUUACAAUUUCCUUUUGGUCCAUACAUAAAAAUUUCAAGUCGUUGAAGAAAGAAUUGCCCGCACAUAGAUUCGUUGUCGCCGGGGAGAGAUCCGCGAGGUAUUGCAGAAACAGACACCCCAGCGGACCUCAUCGAGCCGGCCUUCGACGCGGGCAACAUUGCCUUCACCAGCUCCUUUUUCGGGAUGUCGGUAAAUUGUACGAUCGAAAUAUUCGCUCUGGGGAGAAAAGAAGCGCGUUCGAUACAUUUCCGAGAUUUAUUUCUUUUCGCGAACAUUACGGUGAUCGGUUUUUCUUUUGCAUUGACGUGUUUAUUACCGUAAUAUAAUCGACGUCUAACACCAAUUCGGUCAAGCCGAUUCGAUAUUUUGUAUUUAAAGAAGGAGAACAAAGCGGGCACAGAAAAAUAAGCUGAGAUGCGAUCGUUUGAGGGCGCGAACGGGAAUUUUAUAGUUUCCUUGCGUUUUAUACCACACAGCGAAAAUUAUGUAGCGUUCUGUAACUGUAGCGAAUCUAAAUAACUUGGGAAUCUCGCGUAAACAUAUGUAACGCGUCUUCUUCUUCUUCCCACGGACAAACAACAAUCUGCUCCCGCACGCGAAGAAAUCGUACCUUUCAUUGGUUCAUCGAGACUUGGACACGUUUCGUUCGUGGGAACUUUUUUUCGACGGAUUUCAGGUCAGACGAGACAAGUAUCGGGACACAUUCGAAUCAAAAAAUGAAGUAACCGAAUUGGAGGAGAAAUUUACUAAUGAGAACUGUUUUUCAAUUGAGAGAGAGAGAGAGAGAGAGAGAGAGAGAGAGAGAGAGAGAGAGAGAGAGAGAGCGAGAGAGAGAGAGAGAGAGAGAGAGAGAGAGAGAAUAGAGAUUGUGAGACAACAGGUACGCAGGUACAAAGAAAGAGGCAGCCUCAUUAGUUGGGAAACGAAGAAAGAGAAACGUUGUUCGGCCGAUUCCUCAGCAUUUGAAAAGCAUUAAGAAAGAAACAAAAGUAAACAAAAAAUAUAAAAAAAACAAAUGGAGAGAGAAAGUGAGAGACAAACCGCUCGCACGCUCGAGAGAAGAAGAAAAUGUACAAAUCAAACAAAAAUAACAAAAAUGAAAACGCGAUGAUCGAGUAGAUAAAAAAUUAUUAAUAUUAAUAAUUAUAACUGAAAAGUGAAAAAGAUUUUUAACGUUAUAAAUUAUUGCGCGGGCUCGCGAAAGAAAAACGCGAAUUAGAAGCGAGAAGUAACUUAAUCUACUGGUAGAAAUACCGAAAAACAAAUGUACAAAAUCAAGUUAUCGCUAAAUGUUAGUAUUCUAGAGUAUUUUACCGUCGAAGAAAGCCGCGUUUUACCGAUCUAGGACAUAAAGAGACGAGGAUUAUACUAAGCGUGCAGCUUAAGCUAAAAUUGUACAUCCCGGCAGAUUAAGAGAGUCCGAGCAGAAAUGAAAGCGAGAAAGAAAAGAAAUUACACAAAAAAGGAAAAUCGCAGAAAUUGAAUGCCGUUCCGUCGGAAAAGGAGACGGGAAUAUAUAUAUAUAUAUCACAUCCUAAUUAAUCGGAAGCACAUGUGCAAAUUUCAACGAGAAUUAAGAAAUCAAUGCCGAAAGAAGCAAGAAAGAAUUGCCAAAAGGGAAAAUAAAGAAAGGAAGGGAGGAAAACAUUUCAUCUAGUUCAAACAAACCUCCCAAAACAAUGAAGUACUUUAUGUUUCUUCUUUACACGAAUGUCCGACAUCGUCGAUGUUCCUCCACACGACUCUCACACGCGAUAAUCAUCAUCGAAAACAUUCUCUACCUUCGCCACGUUCUUCGUACCCAACUCGCCAUUCUAUUCUAUUGAGAAAGCACUGAGUAGAAUCGCCAUCCGAUCCGACAGAUCCGACAGAUCACUAUUAGAUCAGUAUCAACGCAACAUCUCGCAACAUCAGCGCGGUUGACGCUCAGUUGUGAUCGAGUCAACCCAGCAGGAAAAGUCAGUUUUAAGCAAAUAUGCACCGCGCAACCAGACGUAAGCACGAGCAGACUGAAACAAUACACACACGUACGCGAAUGUGUAUAAAUGGGAUCCGCGUCGACGAUGGACUAUGGAUAACACACAGCUCCACGCAGCGUAUCGUUACUAGUGUGAAGUCACAAGAAGUAGAAGAAGAAAAAGUGGAAGAUGAGGAGGGAGUAUGUAUACAAAACCCGAGUCUCUCAAACAGGUACAAAAGAGACAAAAUAAGAAAAGAAAAGUUAAAACGGCAAGACAAAGAAAAAUAAAUAAAAGGAGCGUCUAUCGCGUAACAACUAUGCGAUUCGCACAGCAUAUCGGAUUCUACACGAAGGGAAAUAAAUCAGAGGAAAAAGAAGGAAAGAUGCGUGCGUGUGUGUGUGUGUGUGUGCGCGCGCGCACGCGCACACACAAAUCAACACACAUGCACAUACGCACACACACACACACACACACACACAGAGAGAGAGAGGGAGAGAGAGAGAGAGAGAGAGAGAGAGUCGAGCGUUCUAUGGUCGCUUGAGCAGGAUAUCUCGUUCUCAUUGAUCGACGCAAAUUAGGACCAGUCGUAACACGAUGCUAAGCGCAGACGCCCACCGGACGUCCAAAGCAAACGGAAAAAAGAAAACUACACAGACACAGAGUUCCUUCGCAACAUGCUAGAAUUUUCUCCACGUUUCGACGGCGGCGGCAACGAAGAGCGAAAGUUGCGCGCGCGAGGUCAACGAUGCGGACAAGGUUGUGCAACGUUGUGCGUCGAGAAGACGUACGAAUUGCGAUUGACGAUCAGAGCAUGUUCCUUCUUGGGGAAGAGAUCCUCGUCCGCGGGAGAAACGGAGAAUUGUCGAUUUGCUUGCGAUCGCUCACCCCGAGAUUUCGCGCGCGCGCGCGCGCGAUAGAAACACGCUGUAUACAAAGUAGCGCGCACAGUAGUUACAUCUUCCACGUACUAGAAACAGAAAGUGGGGAGAGAAACUGAGAGAAACCAGCGCUUCUCGACCAAUUAUCACACGCAUUAUUUACCGCUAUUGAGCGCAAGAUAUACCGAUAUAUAUAUAUAAGAGAAAAAAAAAA